AUGAUUGAACGCGAGACAGAGCCACUGCUGUCACGAAGCGAAGCGAUUCGUGAUACAAUUCAGGAUACUCGGAAUGCCGCUUAUCGAACCCUUCCUGUCGCUUUCCUCGCUUCUCUCGGCAUGGCUGCCACCACUGCCACCACCAUUUACGCCUAUGCUAAUCUCCUUUGUGAGGACCCAACCUCCUGCAAAGAUGGCGAACAAAGCGCUUAUGCAGCCGCGGUCGCUAUCGCCAGCGGAAUCGCCCAUGCGGUGGCCAUUAUGAUCCUCGGACCGAUGGAGCGAGUCAUCAAGAAACAUUUACGAGCCGGUCUGCUAAUCUGGAUCGUGUGCCGGGCAACCAGUGUAUUGUGCCUUGUCAUCGGAGUAUCCAUUCGUAGUGUCACCAUCGCAGUGUCAGGACGCAUUUUCGAGGGCCUCGCGUCAGACAACCUGCUUCAUUUCAACCUCAACACCAUCUACGUUUCUCUAACGUCGCCAUCCUCUGGUCAAAAAACCUCGCAGCUCAUGGCCGCUUCCCUUGGACUGUAUAUGCUAGGGACAGCUGUCGGUCCCGUUGCGGUGAGCAUCUUUCAGAGCUACACGGCGAGCUUCACCGCAGCCUUGGCCAUCUUCAGCAUAGCGCUGGUAUACCUGGUCAUCCUUGUCCGUGUACCAGCUGCGCAAGCUGUGCCCCAGAUGCAAACACAUUCCAAGGUUCUUUCAAGCCUCGGUGUCCUCCUCUCUCCACUCCGACCAUUCCUCGACCAUCCCCGUGCCAUCCCCUAUGGGCUGUCCCUGCUGCUCUAUACCGCUGUCCAGGCCCAUCUCUUCCCCGCAGUCAUGGUCUUUGCCUCGAUCCGGCUGCAUUUCGGCACGUUUCAAAACGGCCUGCUUGUAUCCACUGCCGCCGCAUGCGCUACCGUGCCCCUUGUACUCAAAGUGUUCAUCGCGCCCUGCCUGCGACGGCUAAGACCCAACUCAGACAGGUUCACAGACAGCACCGCCGUACUCGGGGCACUAGUCAUACAGAUGCUCGCACUCGCGGCCAUCACACAAAUACGGAGUGCUGGACAGUUGUACCUGGCUGUGUCGGUUGCGGCAGCAGGGUUAGCCCUGCCGGCUUUCUUCAAGGCCCACUUCGUUUCGUUCAUGCCGGAUGCAUCGCGGGCGAUCACAGCAUUGACCUUUAUGGAGAAUUUCGGAGGUUUGGUGUCGCCGUUCUUGCUUGGGAGCUGGCAGUCUGUUGCUCCAGGACCUUCUGUAUUUGCUUUUGCAGUUGCGUUACUGGGAGUGAGCCUAGGAUUGUUUCUUUGGGGAGAAGUAUUAUGCUUCAAUACACCAACUCCACAGCAGGGUGAUGAUUGA